GUGUAGGCCUCUGUGUAUGUCACUUCCUUCCUCUCACAUUUGAAUAGAGUUGCAGCAGAACCUCUGAAAGUGACCAGACACAGAUCCACCCUGAAGUCCACUGCAGGUGAUCUAUCUAUCAGUGAACGAUGGCGGACAUAAAACACAUCCCAGCGGAGGACAUGGAGGAGCUGAGAGAGGCCUUCAGCAAAGUCGAUGUGGACGGUAACGGUUACAUCAGCACAGACGAGCUGAACGACCUUUUCCGAGCCGCAAACCUUCCUCUGCCGGGAUACCGUAUCCGAGAGAUCGUCCAGGAGCUCAGCAGGACCAUGGACCUCAACCAGGACGGGAAGAUCACCUUCGAUGAGUUCGCCAAGGUUGUUCAUGAUCUGAAGAGCUCAGAAGUGGCCAAGACCUUCCGGAAAGCCAUUAAUAAGAAGGAGGGAAUCUGUUCAGUGGCGGGAACAUCGGAACAAUCCGGGACACAGCACUCGUACUCCGAGGAGGAGAAAGUGGCUUUUGUGAACUGGGUCAAUAAAGCCUUGGAGAAAGAUCCGGACUGCCAGCACGUUCUUCCCAUGGAUCCCAGUUCCGACGACCUGUUCACCGCAGUGGGAGACGGCAUCGUACUCUGUAAAAUGAUCAACCUGUCUGUGCCGGACACGAUCGACGAGAGAACCAUCAACAAGAAGAAGCUCACACCCUUCACGAUCCAGGAGAACCUGAACCUCGCGCUGAACUCGGCCUCUGCUAUCGGCUGCCAUGUGGUGAACAUCGGAGCAGAGGACCUGAAGGAGGGCAGGCAGCAUUUAGUGCUGGGACUGCUGUGGCAAGUCAUCAAAAUCGGCCUGUUCGCCGACAUCGAAAUUAGUAGGAACGAAGCUCUGAUCGCACUGCUCAGGGAUGGAGAGAGUUUGGAGGAUCUGGUUAAACUGUCUCCUGAGGAGCUGCUGCUGCGCUGGGUCAACUAUCACCUGGAGGAGGCCGGAGCGCCCAAAAUCAACAACUUCAGCUCCGAUAUCAAGGACUCCAAGGCUUAUUACAACAUCCUGAACCAGGUGGCACCCAAAGGAGACGACGAGGGCAUCCCGGCCAUCCCUAUCGACAUGACUGGCAUACGGGAAAAAGACGACCUGAAGAGAGCCGAGAACAUGCUGGAACAGGCCGACCGGCUCGGGUGCCGACAGUUCGUCACGGCCACAGACGUGGUGCGAGGAAACCCCAAACUCAACCUGGCCUAUGUGGCCAAUCUGUUCAACAAGUAUCCCGCUCUGAAGAAGCCAGAAAACCAGGACAUCGACUGGAGCUCGAUCGAGGGAGAGACCAGAGAGGAACGCACCUUCAGAAACUGGAUGAACUCACUGGGCGUUAAUCCACGAGUCAAUCAUCUCUAUGUGGAUCUGGCGGAUGCGCUGGUGAUCUUCCAGCUGUAUGAGAAGAUCAAGGUUCCUGUGGACUGGGACAGAGUGAACAAACCACCGUAUCCCAAACUGGGCAGCAACAUGAAGAAGCUGGAGAACUGCAACUACGCAGUGGAGUUGGGGAAGAAGGAGGCCAAGUUCUCUCUGGUGGGAAUCGCUGGACAGGAUCUGCAUGAGGGCAAUCGAACUCUCACACUCGCGCUACUCUGGCAGCUCAUGAGGAGGUACACACUGAACAUCCUGGAGGAUCUGGGCGACGGGCAGAAGGUGAACGACGACACCAUCGUGACCUGGGUGAACGACGCGCUCAAACAAGCCGGAAAAGGCACCAUCACCGGCUUUAAAGACGGGUCCAUCUGCACCAGUAUGCCGGUCCUGGACCUGAUUGACGCCAUCCAGCCCGGCUCCAUCCGCUACGACCUCCUCAAGACAGAAGACCUGACCGAUGAAGAGAAACUCAACAACGCCAAGUAUGCGAUUUCUAUGGCGAGGAAGAUCGGAGCCCGUGUGUACGCGCUGCCGGAGGAUCUGGUGGAGGUGAAGCCGAAGAUGGUGAUGACGGUGUUCGCUUGCCUCAUGGCUCGGGGAAUGAGACGAAUCUAGAACUGGGAUUAUACGCCUACGCCUUUUACAUUUCCUUCAUGUGCCUUUUAUAGUUGUUCAACUAUUGGGUUCCUGUUUCAUGCACUGUAAAAAAUAUCUAAACAUUCUUAUAUCAAAUUUUGACAUGUCAUAAUGUCCGAAUUUCAACUUUUUAUGUCACAGGCUAAUUAUGAUUUACAAAAGCAUGAUUUUCUUGUCAUAACUAGGCCUUUAUUAUUGAUGCACCGAAAUUUUGGCAACCAAAAAUAUUUUCCGUUUCAGGUCAAACUCUUUUUAAAACUCACUUAAUUUGAUUAAGACUUUACAUCUUAACAUGUGACAUAAUGCAUAUUGAUUCAAGAAUGCACCGGAAAAUAGAGAAUAUGAAAAAACACUCUAAUUGAAUACAUCUAUUAAUGCAAAAGUUGCCCAGGAAUCUGUAUGAUUUGCCUGUUGAUAAACGGGCCUAAAGCCGUGUGAAGAAGGUCAAAGGUCACGUCUGUUUGGGCACUGUGUGCGUAUGUGGUGAAACAAAGAGAGGCCAGUUUUGCUCUUUUUAAAUGUUCAGGUACUUCAGGCUAUAAAUGACAGCAAACACACGUUCAGACUCAUAGAUCUGAAUCAAAUGUACAUGUUCAAGUGUCACUCUGCAAAUAAAAACGAAGUUUUGUAACUUGA